GAACAGCACACCACCCCCAAGCUUCCUUCUCACCCGAGCUCCCUCCUCCUCUCCCUGCUUCUUCCUUCCCCACCAUCAUCUUCUUCGAGCAAUAAGACAUUGACCAUGGCAGCUUCACGCCAUCUAUCCACUGACCCUCGCAAUGAACUUCGUCCAUAUACAGAGCACUACAUCGGUAUCGAUGUUGGUACCGGUAGUGCGCGAGCGUGCAUAAUGAAUGACCAGGGCGACAUCGUUGGCCUUGCGUCGGAAAACAUUGGCCUCUGGCAACCACAGACUGGCUACUAUGAACAAUCCACUUCAGACAUAUGGCGCUGCAUAUGCUCUUCCGUUCGUCGAGCAAUUGACCAACACAACAUUGACCGAACCACCAUCCGGGGAAUCGGUUUUGACGCGACCUGCUCGCUCGCCGUCUUCUCUCAUGACACCGACGAGCCCGUCAGUGUAACGGGUCCCGAUUUUGACAACAAAGAUGGCAACGACCGCAAUGUAAUUCUGUGGCUCGACCACCGUCCCGAGGAAGAGACACGCAAGAUCAACGCCACCAAUCACAACCUGCUCCGCUAUGUUGGAGGCAAGAUGUCCAUCGAGAUGGAGAUUCCAAAGGUGUUGUGGUUGAAGAACAAUAUGCCCAAGGAGCUAUUCGAUCGAUGCAAGUUCUACGACCUGACGGAUGCCCUCACCCACAUUGCUACCGGAAGCGAGACUAGGAGUUUCUGCAGUGUGGUAUGCAAGCAAGGCUUCGUGCCAGUCGGGGUCGAUGGGAGCGUGAAAGGGUGGCAAGAGGACUUUCUCACAGAUAUCGGUCUGAGCGACCUGGCCGAAGAUAACUUCAAGCGGAUGGGUGGCGUCGACAAUGUGAACGGCCGCUACCUGACAGCUGGCGAGCUUGUCGGUCAUUUGAGCGAUAAAGCGGCUUCGGAUAUGGGUCUCCAGCCCGGGAUCGCAGUCGGAAGCGGUGUCAUUGAUGCUUAUGCUGGCUGGAUCGGGACGGUUGGGGCCAAAGUCAAACUUGACGAUGACAGGCUUGAUAUGGAAGCGCCCAAGAACGAUGUCUCACAAGCCUUCACUCGGCUCGCUGCGGUCGCUGGAACGUCCACUUGCCACCUCGCCAUGUCCCGCGAUCCAGUCUUCGUGAACGGUGUCUGGGGUCCUUAUCGAGACGUUUUGCUGCCAGACUACUGGAUGGCCGAGGGAGGCCAAAGUGCAACUGGGGAGUUGCUGAAGCAUGUGAUCGAAACACAUCCAGCAUUCCAGGAGGCACACUCGGUGGCCGAAACUUACAAUACUAACAUCUAUGACUUCUUGAACGAGCAUCUCAAAGACAUGGCAGAGAAGGCGAACGCACCACAUGUUGCUUGGCUCGGCCGCCAUUUCUUCCUAUACGGCGACCUGUUUGGCAACCGAUCUCCUGUCGCAGAUCCAGACAUGAAGGGCUCUGUAAUUGGUCUGAGUUCUGACAAAAGCCUGGAUGGUCUUGCCUUGUACUACUAUGCCACCAUGGAGUUUAUCGCCCUGCAAACCCACCAGAUCGUAACUGCGAUGAACGAGUCGGGACACGUCAUCUCGUCCAUCUUCAUGUCAGGCUCUCAGUGUCAGAACGAUAUUCUCAUGCAGCUGAUUGCUUCUGCGUGCGAUAUGCCCGUACUCAUUCCUCGUUACGUCCAUGCUGCUGUUGUCCACGGUGCAGCCAUGCUGGGUGCAAAGGCCGCCAGUACAGACAAAGAAGGCAACAGUGAGCCACUGUGGAACAUUAUGGAUAGGUACAGCAAGGCGGGCAAAAUGGUGAAGCCAGUGGCGGAUCCAGCUAUGAAGAAGCUUUUGGAAGCCAAAUUCAAGGUCUUCCUGGAACAGUGCGAGAGUCAACAGAGGUACCGUAAAGAGGUAGAUGCGGCCGUCGCAGGAUGGACAAAAAGCGACACAGCUUGA